AUGGUCACCAACACAAGUGAGCUAAUUGGUGACAUCAAGAUUGGAGGCAGCCUGGGCUGCAGCAAUGAUGCACUGGUGGAGUUUGCAGUCCUGAGGAAUCUGAGAAUCUACCUGCGAACGUCUAAUCUUGACAAUGCAUUUGCACACAUCACCAAAGUGCAAGCAGACACGUUACUACUGAGUGUCUUCCGGGACAUUGUAAUAUUAUUCAGAGCAGAUUGUUCCAUUUGCCUUUACAGUAUUGAGAGAAGGCCUGAAGGUCUUAACCCUACUGCCAGUAUCCAAGUUCUUCAAGAAGUGUCCAUGUCCCGGUACAUUCCUCAUCCUUUUCUUGUAGUGUCUGUUACGUUGACAUCAGUGAGGACAGAGACUGGCAUCACCUUGAAGAUGCCUCAGCAGGCUUGUGAGGCUGAAAGUAUUAUGAUAAACUUAGCAGGACAACUCAUCAUGUUGCAACGGGAUCGAUCUGGACCCCAGAUAAGAGAUAAGGAUAAUAAUCCUAAUCAAAGGAAGCAUCUGCCUUUUUGUGCUCCAGUUGUCCUAGCCCAGUCUGUUGAAAAUGUAUGGACUACUUGCAGGAUCAACAAACAGAAACGCCACUUAUUGGAGGCUCUGUGGCUCAGCUGUGGUGGGGCAGGUAUGAAAGUCUGGCUUCCCCUGUUUCCCAGAGAUCAUCGAAAACCACAUUCCUUUCUGUCAAGACGGAUCAUGCUGCCUUUCCACAUCAACAUAUACCCAUUGGCUGUUUUGUUUGAAGAUGCCUUGGUUCUUGGUGCUGUUAAUGACACUGUGCUCUAUGACUGUUUAUACACUCAAACCAGUGCUAGAGAACACUUAGAGGUUCUCUUUCCUUUCUCCAUUGUUGAGAGAACCUCUCAGAUCUACCUCCAUCACAUUUUACGCCAGCUCUUGGUUAGGAACCUCGGUGAACAAGCCUUGCUUUUGGCCCACUCCUGUGCCACAUUACCAUACUUUCCUCACGUACUAGAACUGAUGCUUCAUGAAGUGCUGGAAGAAGAAGCUACCUCGCGGGAACCCAUUCCCGACCCUCUGCUUCCCACUGUGGCGAAGUUCAUUACAGAGUUCCCCCUCUUCCUGCAGACAGUUGUUCAUUGUGCUAGGAAGACAGAAUAUGCCCUGUGGAAUUACCUUUUUGCUGCUGUUGGAAACCCGAAGGACUUAUUUGAAGAGUGCUUAAUGGCCCAGGACUUGGACACAGCUGCCUCUUAUCUUAUUAUCCUACAGAAUAUGGAAGUUCCAGCAGUUAGCAGACAACAUGCUACUCUCCUAUUUAAUACUGCCUUAGAGCAGGGAAAGUGGGAUCUUUGUCGUCAUAUGAUCAGAUUUCUUAAAGCCAUUGGCUCUGGAGAAACAGAGACACCUCCAGCUACACCAACAACUCAGGAACCUAGUUCAAGUAGUGGCUUUGAGUUCUUCAGACAUCGCAGCAUUAGUUUAUCCCAAUCCGCAGAAAAUCUCCACAGCAAAUUUAACUUGACAAAAACACUGAGUAUGCCCUCUGGCCCAUCUGGAAAAAGGUGGAGUAAAGACAGUGACUGUGCCGAGAACAUGUACAUUGACAUGAUGCUCUGGCGGCAUGCUCGGCGUCUGCUAGAAGAAAUCAAGCUGAAAGACCUUGGCUGCUUUGCUGCACAGUUAGGCUUUGAGCUGAUUGGCUGGCUGUGCAAGGAGCGAGCCAGAGCUGCCCGCGUGGAGGAUUUUGUGUACGCUUUGAAAAAGCUACACAAUGAUUUCCUCUGGCCAUUUCCAGUCAUACCGGCUUCGUCCAUUAAUUCACCUUUCAAGAAUGGAAAGUACAAGACAGCCGUGGGGGAGCAGCUGCUAAAAUCUCAGUCUGCAGACACCUUUGUAAACAUGGAAAUGGACACGGGGGUUCCAAACACACCUCGGAGUCGCAGCUGGCUUGGCACUAUUGGCUCCUCUCAGAGAGAGAUUGACACAGUUUCGUCCCAUGGACCACACAUGCAAGAUGCAUUCCUUUCUCCUUUGCUAAGUAAAGGUGAUGAAUGCAGCAUUGGUUCAGCAACAGACCUGACUGAAACAAGUUCUAUGGUGGAUGGUGACUGGACCAUGGUGGAUGAAAACUUCUCCAGUCAAAGUUUAACUCAGUCAGAGCUUGAACAUAUCUCUCUAGAGCUGGCUAGUAAAGGGCCGCACAAGUCACAGGUCCAGCUGCGGUACUUGCUACAUAUCUUCAUGGAAGCAGGAUGUCUCGAUUGGUGUAUUAUCAUAGGCCUUAUCCUCAGAGAAUCUUCAGUAAUCAACCAGGUUUUCAGUAUAAUGCAAUCCUCUGAUAUUGAUGGAGAAAUCUGUCAGAAUAUCAAGACUGGCCUAUAUGCUGUUGACAAAUGGGCUUCUACAGAUUGCCCUGGGUACAAGCCAUUUCUAAAUAUCAUCAAACCACAGAUCCAGAAACUAAGUGAAAUAGCAGAAGAGCAAGUGCAGCCUGAAGCUUUUCAGCCAGUGAAUCCUUCUAAGGUUACUGAACAAGCAAACCCCAGAGCUGAGGAAAGCAGGACUUCAUGUAGCCAUGGCACUAAUCCUCAGAGUGAUGCUGGCAACAGCAACGCGAGCAGGCAUGAAGACGACAAGUCUAAGACAGAGGAUGAGGAUUUAUUCCAAGAAGGCAGUUAUGACUGUAUUGUGUCUUAA